CAACAGAAAGCCCUGGAUGGAUAUGUGGGCUUUGCCAACCUUCCCAACCAAGUCUACAGGAAAUCUGUAAAGAGAGGUUUUGAGUUCACACUUAUGGUCGUGGGAGAAUCUGGGCUGGGAAAAUCAACGUUGAUCAACUCGCUCUUUCUGACAGACCUGUACUCCCCUGAAUAUCCGGGUCCUUCUCAUCGAAUCAAAAAAACUGUACAGGUUGAACAGUCAAAGGUUCUAGUGAAAGAAGGAGGAGUCCACCUCCUGCUCACCAUCGUUGACACUCCUGGCUUCGGGGAUGCCGUUGACAACAGUAACUGCUGGCAGCCAGUCAUCGAUUACAUCGACAACAAGUUUGAAGAUUACCUCAAUGCAGAAUCGAGGGUCAACAGACGGCAGAUGCCAGACAACAGAGUCCACUGCUGCCUCUACUUCAUAGCCCCGUCUGGACAUGGACUCAAGCCCCUGGAUAUUGAAUUCAUGAAACGGUUACAUGAAAAAGUCAACAUAAUCCCCCUCAUUGCCAAAGCAGACACACUCACUCCUGAGGAGUGCCAUCAGUUCAAAAGACAGAUCAUGAAAGAAAUUCAGGAGCACAAAAUAAAACUCUAUGAGUUCCCGGAGACGGAUGAUGAGGAGGAGUUGAAGAUGGCCAGGAAGAUCAAGGAUCGGUUACCCCUGGCUGUCGUCGGGAGUAACACCAUCAUGGAGGUGGACGGGAAGCGAGUGCGUGGGCGACAGUACCCCUGGGGGGUUGCUGAAGUGGAAAAUGGGGAUCAUUGCGACUUCACAAUCCUCCGUAACAUGCUCAUCAGGACCCACAUGCAGGACCUGAAGGAUGUGACCAACAAUGUUCACUAUGAAAACUAUCGCAGCAGGAAACUAGCUGCUGUCACUUAUAACGGUGUGGACAACAACAGGAACAAGGGGCAGAUGACCAAACCUGACACGGCUGAAGGCAUGAGCCCUCUUACACAGAUGGAGGAAGAGCGACAAGACCAUGUGACCAAGAUGAAGAAAAUGGAGCAGGAAAUGGAACAAGUGUUUGAGAUGAAGGUCAAAGAGAAGCUCCAGAAACUCCGAGACUCCGAGGCUGAGCUCCAGAGGCGUCACGAGCAGAUGAGGAGGAACUUGGAAGCCCAGCACAGAGAACUGGAGGAGAGACGGCGUCAGCAUGAGGAGGAGAAGGCCAGCUGGGAGGCCCAGCAGAGGCUUUUUGAGCAGCAGAAACAAGACCGGACCUUGGAAAAGACGAAAAAGAAGAAGUUAUUUUGAUAACUCUUGUGGGCCGCAUCAGCGUUACAGAUCUGCUAACCUGCAAGCUGCCAUGUUGAACGUCUGUCGGUCACCGACAGCCACUGUUUGACCAUAUUACUAUGUAAUAAGCCAAAGAAAGCCGGGGCAGCACCGUCUUCACUCUGGCUUUCACUUCCUUUAAUAAUACUUGUAAAUUCUGUGCUGCCUCGUUGGAUGCUGCUCACCGUUGAAAAAGACAACUGGCAUUAUUCUUCGAUGGAAAUGACACCAAAGUUCAGAGUUCUGUUGUUCCUUCCUCUUCUCCUAUAUUGGAAAUGUGUGAUGCUGCCCUCUUCUGCUUUACAAACCUUUUUAAUGCCAAAAAUCCAGCAAGAGAUGAGCUCUCACGUGCUGCACAGAUGUAGACAUCAUGAGGUUUAGAACCUCGACUCAGGCACUAUUUUAUUACGCUCCACCAACUCUUCAUGUAAACUGCAGAACCAGAAAUGCUUUAAAUCUCAGAUUGUUUUGGUCACUUUCUUUUUUUCUUUCUGUUAAUGUCUUUUUUUUGUUGGUACUGGAAUUGUAUUCAGCUCUGUUUUUAAUUAUAGACCUUUUUUCAGCCAAUGUUUUGCAAACCAAAUGUAUUUCUGGCCUCUUCACUUAUACAGAAUGUUAGUAAUCAGACAAACUCAGCAUGAGGUGGGGAAUUUUUUAUGCAAGUUUAAUUUCUUGUGCAGAUUCUGUAAAAAAAAUGUUUUUCUGCAGGAAAAAACAUCCUUAAAAGGACAGGAUGUAGACAGUUUUGGGUUGUCUGGUGGAUGGGAGCUGAGAUGCAUCGGCCACACGGUUAGGAACGUUUCUGUUAAGCUCUUUUGUAAUGUCAUAUUUUCAGAUUUCAAAGUCGUAUAAUAAAAUGAUGG